CUUGCUUUCCAUCUUUACAGAUCUCUGUAAGGACACGCACUGCUCACUUCGUUUAGGACAAAUUUUACCUCAGAGAUCCAGCCUGGAAUUGGAACAAGAAUCCUAGAAGAGAACCCCUUCUUCUUCAUUGCUCCAAUUUCAAUCAUCUUCUACAUUAAUACUAUUUCUUUAAUUGGCAUUACUUUUCCAACACUGUUCAAACUUUGUGCACCAAAACCCACCCAAACUGCCAUUUUAUCUCAACAAACAAUCUCCUUGUCGGUCUUCGGGGAAAUUAUUGUAAUCGGAUACUGCAAAUCUUGAACAAAGUUGCUUUCUUUCACGUCCUGUUGAUGUGAUUGAUGUUCCUUACCUCCCAAUUUUGCUCAAAUUAGGUUUCCCAGAACAAGAAGAUGACCCUGCCCCUGCCCCUCCUGUGUCACUUUCUAUAAUGGAUGUUCUUAUUAAGCUCGUCCCCUUCUUCUUCCUCAUUGCUUCCACUUCACUUUCUGCAGAGCAAGACAAGGAUGAGCCUUUUGUAGGCGUCAACAUCGGCACGGCCGUGUCGAACUUCGUCUCCCCGCCGGAGCUGGUGGCGUUUCUGCAGGUGCAGAAGAUCAGCCAUGUCCGGCUGUACGACGCCGACGCCGACCUUCUCAAGGCGUUGGCCAAAACCAAAAUUAAAGUCAUCGUCAGCGUGCCGAACAACCAGCUCCUCGCCGUCGGUUCCUCCAACGCCACCGCCGCCGCCUGGAUUGGCCGCAACGUCGCCGCCUACUUCCCCGACACUCUCAUCACCGCCGUCGCCGUCGGCGACGAGGUCCUCACCACCACCCCGAGCUCCGCCCCUUUACUCAUGCUGGCGAUCGAGUCCCUCUACAGCGCCCUCGUCGCCGCCAAUUUGCACACGCAGAUCAAAAUCUCCACCCCCAAUUCCGCCUCCAUUAUUCUCGAUCCAUUCCCUCCUUCACAGGCCUUCUUCAACCAGAGCUUAGCCCCUGUUCUGACGAACCUCCUGCAGUUCCUGUCGAGAACCAAAUCGCCAUUGAUGAUGAACUUGUAUCCUUACUACGUGUUUAUGCAGAACAAAGGAGUCGUCCCUUUGGACAACUCUCUCUUCAAGCCAUUGACGCCGUCGAAAGAAAUGGUCGAUCCCAACACUCUUCUGCACUACACCAACGUCCUCGACGCCAUGAUCGAUUCCGUAUACUUCUCAAUGAAGAAUCUCAACUUCACCGAUGUCGCCGUCGUCGUUUCCGAGACCGGCUGGCCGUCCGCCGGCGACUCCAAGGAGCCCUACGCGACAAUUGACAAUGCCGAUACAUACAAUUCGAACUUGAUCAAGCACAUUUCCGAUAGGCCCGGGACACCAUUGCACCCCGAAACAACGCCCAGCGUUUACAUAUACGAGCUCUUCAACGAGGACUUAAGAUCGCUGCCAUUAUCGGAGGCAAAUUGGGGACUAUUCUAUGCGAAUUCAACUCCGGUCUACCUGCUGCAUGUAUCCGGGAGUGGCGCGUUCUUGGCCAACGACACGACGAAUCAAACAUACUGCGUCGCCAGCGACGGCAUCGACACGAAGACGUUGCAGAGCGCGCUGGAUUGGGCGUGCGGGCCAGGGAGGGCAAAUUGCUCGCAGAUUCAGCCGGGGGAGACGUGCUACCAGCCGAACAACGUCAAGAACCACGCGUCGUAUGCAUUCGACAGUUAUUACCAGAAGGAAAGCAGAAUUUCGGGGUCUUGUGACUUCAAAGGCGCUGCCUUGAUCACUACAUCUGAUCCUAGUCAUGGGAAUUGCAUAUUUCCUGGGAGCAAAUUGGUGAGUAACAACAAGACAAGGCAAGUUGUGAAUUCAACACGAGCAAGUUCAGAUGAUAGAGUGACAAGCAGUGAUGUAAAAGGCUCACUGUUUUGCCUUGCUUUUGCUGUUGCUGCUCUUCUUUUUCUUACCUAAUCAUUUCAUUUCAUACCAAGUGUAAAUGUAAUAUUAUCUAAUUACAUACCAUUAUUAUCACGA